AUGGAGCCAGCAGCCGCAAGUACACCCGCUGUAUGCCAAGAGAGCAAAGAGGACCCUCGGCUGCUUGGCCGGCGGACACUCGAUGGGCGGCAACAGCAACAGCAGAAAGCUCACAUGGAGGAGCUUGCAGCAGAAGGAAGGAAAGCAGCUGCCGACCACAAGGCAGCCGAGAUUCGACCGGGCUGGUCCCGAGCCUUGCGAGAAGCGAAAGUGCGAAGCACAGCCUCCAAAGACUCCGAGGUGUUGGGUGCCCUUCAUGAAGGUAGCCGAGUGCUGGUGGCAGAAGUGCGCGGCAAAAAGGCACGCAUCCAACAGCCGCUCUCUGGCUGGAUUGCUUUGUCAAAGCACACAGAGCCCGUGCUUGAGCAGGAGUCAUGCCAGGUGCAGGAAGGCCAGCUUGCUUCGUCUUGGGUGGUAAGCCAUGUGCUGGCGCGACUUUCUCAGCCGGCGCCGCAAGCUGAGCGGCCAAUGGAGGCACCUGAGGAGAACGUUGAGCAUGAUGCCGACGUGGACUCAGAGGUGGAACCGCCAGAGGCCGUGGGUCAUGCCUUCAACUCGGAUGGGCCAGGAUGGAGCAAAGGAAGGACAGAUAUCAAGCAGCAGCCACAGCAACUGUCCUUUGAGAGCUCCACUGCCAGAGGCUCAUCUGGACAGAACUUCUGCUCGAGUAAUGCGGGAUUCUCCGGAACGCCGCUGUGGAAGCUGAAGCAGCAGGGACAGCUGCCGAACCAAUGGCGAGAGCAUGAAGAGGCGAAAGAACUCCAGGCGAAGGAGUUGCGUGAGGAAGAGGAGGCAGCUGCGACACUGCGAGUUGCCGUGGAUGCCGUCAGCUUGGGGAGGGUGGAUCUCAACCUGGUGCGCCACAUCGUCGUCAAGGAUCUGAGGAAAGCGGCGGCCAGAUCCAAGAUCGCUUUGCCUACGGGAGGCCUCUUUGAGAACAAAGCACCUUUGCAGCUCUUCGCUCUCUUCGAUGGACAGUCGGCAGCAGAGGGACCCGGGCCCAUGGCCGCCGAGUGCUGUGCCAAGGCGCUGCAGCCGAAGCUGUUGCGGAACAUGUCCGCCAUACCCCAGGGCUACGAGAACGCCACCUUCAUCAAGGCCUGCCUGAAAAAGGCUUUCGAGGACCUCGACAAGGAAGUUCUCCGGAAUCACCCUGGUGUUUCCGACGGCUGCGGUGGUGCCGUGGCGCUGUUGGUGGGGGAGAAGCUCUUUACGGCCGUCUGCGGCUCCUGCGAGCUUACUCUGCUGGAAGCCGGACCGCGGAAAGGCAACAAGCAGGACACGUGCAAGGCCGUGAACAUGGGCGUAAACCAGGGUCACUUCAAGGUUCCGGAGGAUCAGAAGUUUCUCCAAGACAACGGUGGAAUGGUCUUUCCUGGAGAGGGCGGCAAGCUGAUGACCAGCAACCCGCAAGGAGCAACAACAGCAGUGUCCAGGUCCAUAGGAGAUCGGGCAUGGAAAGGAUCCAUGGGAGGAAUGCCUGGUAGCUUGAAGCUCCUGAGAAGCGUCCCUGAGACCAGACACACAGAUGUCUCUUGGGCCGAUCGGCACAUCGCCUUGGUCCUUAGCUCCACGCCCGUCCCAGUCGCCAUACCAACUGCGCAGGUUGCCCUGACGAUUUCCGACUUUGAGUACAAGCCGCGAGCGGCCAGCGGCGACAUUGCUCACCGCGCUGCCCUGGCACCCCAGAAUGCGAAUGCGCAGUGCACGACCAUCGUUGUCUACUUCGUCCCCAAGGACGACCGCGCUGUCAUGGAGCCAGCAGCCAAGAGAGCCAAGAAGGAAGCCGAAAGCGUGCGCUUGCGGCACAUCGUGGUGCGCCACCAGGAUUGUUCAUCACCUUUCGAUCCCGUCCGGAAUGUGCAGGUCCAGCGAACUGCGCAGGAGGCAGAAGGCAUCCUUCGACAGGCGCUGCAGGAGCUGAUUACCGAGGCAAAGACCAUGAAGCUGCCGGCAGGGAAGAAGGCGAGCACGGCGGCGCUGCAGCCAAGCCCAAAGUUCAGCUCACUCUGCAAGGACCUCUCUGAGUGCACGACCGCACAGAAGGGUGGCGGCAUGAUCGGUGACCUCGGGUGGCUACAGCCGGACGAGCUCAAGAACCGAUUCGGUCCAGCGUUGUCCGAGGCAUAUCAGGAGUGUAGAUGUUAG